CACAAGUCUUGAUUGUAGUAUUUCCGAAAGCACCUGAAGGUGUCAUGAGAUAAUCGCCUCCAACGGAAACCAGCUGAGAGAAAGGGUAGAGAAGACAAGAUGGCGGAGUGAGUGGGUUGCGCUUUCUACAGACGGUUGCGACCCUUGAAGUUUGCUGAAAAAACCCUUAACGGACUAAAAAGAUUGAAAAAGCAACACUACCAUCGGACGUUUAAUUGAAAGGACCGUUUUUACUACUCAGCACGGAGGAAGUCCGGACAUUUUUUCCGCGGCGGUCCUUGCGACAGCGUUAGCUUGAUGCUAACGUUAGCCACCGUUAGAUUUCUCUAGCAGCUACUUCGAGGUAGCUGGGUGGUUGUUGAAGGCCGCGAGCUUUUUAGUUUUGGAUGUAUAUACUUCGAUACUGACACGGCGUUCCGUGUUUCUCGGAGGAGGUUUUAUUUGAACGAAGACCCAGUGUAGCUAGCUAGCUUAUGAAUAAAGCGAACACCGUCAGGAGAAACUUGCUUGUUCGUUUAUCUGUCGACACAAACAGCUAACGUCAGUCUAAUACUCAUCAGGACUCUGUAUGCUCUGCUGACCAUCGGGCCGCUAGACUGCCACACACAGUUUCCUAACGUGAAUCGGGUGGUCAUCUGGUGGAUAUUAUGGCGAGCAGCAGUGGGUCCAAAGCCGAGUUCAUAGUCGGUGGAAAAUAUAAGCUUGUCAGAAAAAUUGGAUCAGGAUCUUUCGGUGACAUAUAUCUGGCCAUCAACAUCACAAAUGGAGAGGAGGUAGCUGUAAAAUUGGAGUCGCAGAAAGCCAGACAUCCACAGCUGUUAUACGAAAGCAAACUGUACAAAAUCCUACAAGGUGGUGUCGGAAUCCCACACAUCAGGUGGUAUGGCCAAGAAAAGGACUACAAUGUCCUAGUCAUGGACCUGCUUGGACCCAGUCUGGAAGACCUCUUCAACUUCUGCUCUCGCCGCUUCACCAUGAAGACGGUUCUUAUGCUGGCAGACCAGAUGAUCAGCAGAAUUGAGUAUGUACACACAAAGAACUUCAUCCACAGAGAUAUCAAACCAGACAACUUUCUCAUGGGCAUCGGCCGUCACUGUAACAAGUGUUUAGACUCGUCAGUGGGGAAGAGGAAAAGAAGCUUGGCUGUUAGCUCUUCUCAGGACCCAUCUUUCUCAGGAUUAAACCAGUUGUUCCUUAUUGACUUUGGUUUGGCGAAGAAGUACCGAGACAACCGAACACGACAGCACAUCCCCUACAGAGAAGACAAGAACCUGACUGGCACAGCACGCUAUGCCUCCAUCAAUGCACACCUGGGCAUUGAACAGAGUCGCCGUGAUGACAUGGAGUCACUAGGCUAUGUGCUGAUGUACUUCAACAGAACCAGUCUGCCGUGGCAGGGAUUAAAGGCUGCUACAAAGAAGCAGAAGUAUGAGAAGAUCUCGGAGAAGAAGAUGUCCACCCCUGUUGAGGUCCUCUGUAAGGGUUUUCCAGCAGAGUUUGCUAUGUAUCUGAACUACUGCCGUGGCUUACGCUUUGAGGAGGCUCCAGACUACAUGUACCUGCGCCAACUGUUCCGCAUCCUUUUCAGGACUCUGAACCACCAGUAUGACUACACAUUUGACUGGACCAUGCUGAAACAGAAAGCAGCCCAGCAGGGGGCCUCCUCCGGGGUCCAGGGCCAGCAGGCACAAACCCCCACAGGCAAGCAAACUGACAAACCCAAGCCUAACAUGAAAGGUUUCUGAGUGGUCUCUGCCCAGAGCGGAGCAGCAGAAGCGUUGGUGACCAGGACCAACAAGUCUCUCUUCCUGGACAAGCGACAAACAGAAAGUCUGUGUCUCUCCUUCCAUAAUAACUAUCUAUGUAAUGGAAAUGUAUAGAUUCACACACGCCUUUGUAAGCUGUGGUAUCUAUAUAUUCAUAUGUAAAUAUAAUAAAACUCUGCACUCCGAAAGAAAAGAAGAAUGAAAAAGCAGGGUUUUUUUUUUUUUUUUU